CGCUGCUGUCAUGGCGGACGAUCUGGAUGAGCUUCUGGACGAAGUGGAGCUGCGGUUCUGUCAGGACCGGCCGGCGCCGAGCCGCGAGGGAGCGGGCAUGGAGGUGAAAAUCAGUGCACCUUUAGUCCCAUCUAAAGAAAUUUCCAGAGAGGAAGAUGAUUUAAGUGAUCUUAUUGAUGACAUUUUUCAUGAUGAUCCAAGUUUAUCUGAUUCUUCUAAGUCAAGGCCAGGAACAAUAACAAAUUGUACAGGUAACGGAGCCUUUUCUCAGACCAGGGGUAAAAAGUGUUGUCCAGUUUAUCUUGGCGGCAGUUCUGCACCUCUAGGAUUGGGGACAAAUACUUCUCGGAGAACGUGUGACCAACUCCGCUGUACUACCUGUGACUUUAGAGUAAUUGCACUUGAUGAUUAUGAAUGGAACAAGUCAUGUGACUACUUUUUUUUCAGAAACAACAUGCCCGACUUAAACAAGUUGAAAGUGAAGACAUUGAGUAGGAAAGGUACACGAGCAUAUGCCUGUCAGUGCAGCUGGAGGUCAAUCCAGGACCUGACAGACCUCAGGGAAGAACAGGAACUUCGAUGGGUGUGUGGAAAACAUUGAAAACUUUCAAAGCACACUUGUCUCUUCCAGUCACCAUUAGAUGAUUGGUCCACUGUAUAACCUGAUAUAAUAUUGUAGAUUUAUUUUUUAAAUACAAGGUGAGCUGCAACAAUUUAAUUUAUUUUUCUAUACUUCUUGGUUAAAACAUUCUUUAAUGUUGUUCUAAUUCAAUAAUGUGGUUUAAUAAAUGUAUGUCACUAAAUAGAAUUCAGUUUUUCUUAUAUUGUGGAAAAUAUAACUGACAAUAGACUUUACCUUGCAGAUUACCUUGCAAAGCAUAUUGUGCAGGCAAGACCAAACUGACCCAAGUUUGACACAAAAAUCCACAUGAAAAGUAUACUUAAGAUUUAGAUCAACCUAGCUUUCCCACUGCCACUAGAGUUUUAGACACUAGGAGUUAUUUUCAAUGUUAUCUAAUCAAAUGAUUUUGACUAUGCACAAGGAGUUAUUAGGUAAAUGGAAAAUGGUGUUGCGUAGAUGACGAGAUCAUAAUUACUUGGGUUUAAAAAACAGUUGCACUGGAAGAGGUCCUUGUGUUGAUCCCUUGUGUUUACUGCAAUGCUUUUUUGUCAUGACAAGUUUUAAAUGAUGUGAAGAUCACUCUCUAAUGGAUUGAAGAAUGCACUUGGCUGCAUUUCUCAAAGUGAAUAGCAUUCAUUACAGCUGGCAAAAUGCUCAGAGUCCAGCAGCAUGGAAUUUGUAGCACAAAUCUAAAUAUGUAUGCAUAACAUUCAAACUCAAGCCUUGGACAUGGCAAAUGUCCCUAAGAUGGAACAGAAACAACUUUUAAAGCAAUCUUGGAAGUCACAAUACCUUUAAACCAGGAAGAAAUCUCCUGAAUUUAUUAAAUUAUCAAUACUGGAAUUUCUAAAAUGAAAAAGCUAUACACUGGAUAAACCAAGGCCAAUUACACAAUGAUC